GUGAGAGGAUAUGUCACCUCUUGUUCCCAUCUGAUGUGACGCGUGUAUUUUGCAGACAAAGCCAAAGGGCUGGGCAGGAGAUUGCACGAUAUGCCAUUAAAUUACAGUGUCUCCAGUGGAGAUGAGAUGAGGAUCCGACCACGCAAGUUUCCUUUCUGACAGCCGCUGGUUCUCAGUCGAGUGGUUCAUUAGCAUAUCACAACUGGAAAGCAACAGGAAGAAGUUGAGACCGUGAUACUGUAGCAGCAAUGUCACAGCUGUAUUACAGGAAAACUGACAACUCCUCAUACAGGGACCGCAUCCCUCUGCGGAUCGUACGGGCCGAAUCUGAGCUCUCUGCCCUGGAGAGGGCCUACCUGGGGGCUGUUGAGAGGGGAGACUAUGGCAGUGUGAAACAAGCCCUGGCAGAGGCUGAGAUCUACUUCAGGAUCAAUAUCAACUGCAUCGACCCCCUGGGACGCACAGCCUUGCUCAUUGCCAUUGAAAAUGAGAACCUGGAGAUCAUUGAGCUGCUGCUCAGCUAUAAUGUAUAUGUGGGUGAUGCCCUGCUACAUGCCAUCCGCAAAGAAGUGGUGGGAGCUGUGGAGCUGCUGCUCAACCACAAGAAGCCACGCGGGGAAAAACAGGUCCCACCAAUUCUGCUGGACAAACAGUUUUCAGACUUCACCCCAGACAUCACUCCAAUCAUCCUUGCAGCCCACACAAACAACUAUGAGAUCAUCAAACUACUUGUGCAGCGAGGUGUUUCCAUACCUCAGCCACAUGCUGUGCGCUGCAAUUGCAUGGAGUGUGUGGCCAGUUCAGAUGUGGACAGCCUUCGUCAUUCGCGCUCUCGUCUUAACAUCUACAAGGCCCUUGCCAGCCCAUCACUUAUUGCCCUCUCCAGCGAGGAUCCUUUUCUCACAGCUUUUCAACUUAGCUGGGAGCUGAAGGAGCUCAGCACAGUGGAGAACGAGUUCAAGUCAGAGUAUGAGGAACUGUCCCAUACGUGUAAACAAUUUGCAAAGGACCUCUUGGACCAGACCCGAAGCUCUAAAGAGUUGCAAAUAAUCCUCAACUACCGUGAUGACAUCAACCCUCUGCUGGACGAGAACGGUAAUGAUCUGGCCCGACUGAAGCUGGCUAUCAAAUAUUGCCAGAAAGAGUUUGUUGCUCAGCCCAACUGUCAGCAGCUGCUGGCAUCUCGGUGGUAUGAUGAGUUCCCAGGCUGGAGGAGGCGUCACUGGGCAGGAAAGCUCCUCACGUGUAUCUUCAUUGGCCUCCUCUUCCCACUGUUAUCCAUUUUCUACCUGAUUUCUCCAAAGAGCAGAUAUGGCUUAUUCAUUCGUAAGCCCUUCAUCAAGUUCAUCUGUCACACUGCUUCCUACCUGACCUUCCUCUUCCUGCUCUUCUUGGCCUCGCAGCAUAUAGCCUCUGCAAAACCAGACUUUCAGGGCCCACCACCCACCACUGUGGAAUGGAUUAUCUUGCCCUGGGUGCUUGGCUUUAUAUGGACUGAGAUCAAACAGAUGUGGGAUAGCGGUUUCCAAGACUACAUAGAUGACUGGUGGAACUUAAUGGACUUCAUAAUGAACUCCUUGUAUCUUGCAACCAUUUCUCUGAAGAUUGUUGCCUAUGCAAAGUACAGUGGGGAAAAAGCCAGAUGCAGCUGGGAAAUGUGGCACCCGACUUUGGUGGCAGAGGCAUUAUUUGCCAUCGCCAACAUCUUCAGCUCCUUACGCCUCAUCUGCCUUUUCACUGCCAACUCCCAUCUGGGCCCCUUACAGAUCUCACUGGGCCGCAUGCUCCUGGACAUCCUCAAGUUCCUCUUCAUCUACUGUCUAGUGUUGUUAGCCUUUGCCAAUGGCCUCAACCAGCUCUACUUUUAUUAUGAAACAAACGAGGGCAAUAAUUGCACGGGUAUUCGCUGUAAUCAGCAAAACAACGCCUUCUCAACGCUGUUCGAGACGCUGCAGUCAUUAUUUUGGUCUGUAUUUGGGCUGAUUUCCCUCUAUGUGACCAAUGUGGAACCAGACCAUGAAUUCACUGAGUUUGUGGGCACUACCAUGUUUGGCACGUACAAUGUCAUCUCCCUGGUAGUGCUUCUGAACAUGCUAAUUGCAAUGAUGAACAACUCCUACCAGCACAUUGCUGAUCAUGCAGAUAUAGAGUGGAAAUUUGCAAGAACAAAAUUAUGGAUGAGCUAUUUUGAAGAAGGGGGAACUUUGCCAUCUCCAUUCAAUAUAGUACCAAGUCCAAAGUCUUUUUAUUAUCUAGUUGAAUGGAUAAAGAUGCAUUUGUUUAAGAGACAAAGCAUAAAAAGACUUGAAACCUUCGAAACAUUGGGGAGACGUGCAGCCGAAAAUGUAAGAUUAAACCAUGAGUAUCAGGAGGUUUUGAGGAACCUUGUGAAGCGGUAUGUGGCCGCAAUGAUCAGAGAUGCCAAGACAGAGGAAGGGUUGACAGAAGAGAAUUUCAAGGAGCUUAAGCAGGAUAUCUCCAGCUUCCGCUAUGAAGUCCUGGGAAUGAUGAAGGGUAAACCUCAAGGUGCGGUUGCAGGUCAAGUUGCAAGCUCCACCUUGGCUUACCCUGGAAACUCAUUCAAAUAUUCUCUGAAACGCCCUACUGAUGAGCCUCAACAGAAGCUGAAUGUAUUUGAUGUGACCACCACCACCCUGCAGGAUGUCUCAGAUGCUGGGUCCCUCCAGAGACAGAGCAGACUCCCCUCUCAGAAAUUUGAUGAAAUAUAUUCAUUAUCAGAGGAAGAUAUGUUGGGAUCUGGUGGACAAAGAAAAGAACAACUUCAGACUGAAAAAGUAAUUGUGGAAGUCUUACGGAAAGGGGAGAAGGACAUUCAGGAGAUUGAAAAUUCUUGCAAAGAGCACGCUAAGGAAGUGAAAAAUGGGCCAAAAAAUAUAUAACAAUUAAUCUGUGUCUGCAAGUGAGAAAUGUUAAUCAUGUUAGAGUGUUAAGACAUUUUUGAAUUUAAUUCAUUCAUUCAUCUACGAGUUGUAAAAUAGUUUAUCGAAAUAAACAAAUUUGUAAAUAGUACUGUAGUUCAAUUAUAUAUUCAAUUUAAAUAAUCUUGUAUCCUGUAAUGUACUGUAUAUAAUGGUAUAAUAAUAUUAUGUUAUCUCAUAUUAUAUUAUAUGCAUUCACCUCUGAUUGAUAGCAGAUAUACAACAAUACUGAGUGAGGAUUGACCUCAGUGAGUGCUGACUUGAUGCUCAGGGAAGCAAGUUAGUAAUUCAUGUUUUACCUUGAGCAUUUAAUUCCAAGACCAAGAAAAUGAACACUGAGUAAACACAAGUUUAUUUGUAUUUAAUACAUGAGCAAAUUUUACAUUGAAUUUGGACAAAGUAUCCAGUUGAUUAACAAGCAAUGUAGCGCAUAGCUAAUUCAGAGAUUUGUGUCAACUUCUCUUUUACUCCUAAUUUUGUUGGAGAAGAAGAGACAUGCAAUGCAAUCUACUUUGUUGUAGGAUUUAUUCCUUAACUAUGUGCGCCAUCUACUAUACUUUGUAGGUGUAAGGGCCCUCUUGUGAUUUGUGUGUUACUGUGCAAUUUUGUAACUUGUAAUGUGAUGAAAUGACUCUGAUAAAAUAAAAGAGAAUGCUAAUUCAAAAA